CAAUGGCUUUGAGUACCUUCAGUUGUGCCGGAACCACCGUGCGGUUCGAACGUCAUUUUUCUUUCGUACAAUUUUUCGCACGUAUUCGUCAGCAAGUGUUUGCGCGCGCGAGUGUGUGAGUGCGCGCGCGUAUCGAAGGCGCUCCAAAGCGCGAGUAGCGUUACUAUCGUGAAAUCGGACGAGUAGUCAUAUACAUACAUAUAUAUAUAUAUAUACAUAUAUAUAGGAUCGAUCUACCGAUGAGAAACGUUUGUUCCAAAAUUUUCGCUCGUCUUCUUCGAUUUUGAUUCCAACGAAAGAUCGGCCGGCUGGGAUUUGAUUAAAUAUUCGCUUAAACGUAGCGUUUACCGAUCGAGAUUUUUUCCAAGUCAUUUACGAAGGAUAAAGUUGAAAGAAAAAGAGGGAAGGAGAGGGAAGGAGAGGGAAGGAGACAGUGGCAAGUGCGAACACACACGCACCCGCCUCUUCAACGAUUUCGAUCGACACAACGUGUAGUCAACGACGAGUGUUCCGGCGUAUCGCCGACAAAGAAGUGUAUCACCAUGACUAAUUGGAUUGGCUAAAAAGAGUAACGAUCGAGGGGUUUUCCACCGAUUUAGAAGUAUCGGGAAACUCAAAGGAGAAUCGCUGGUGCAAUGGGCGAAAUUCUCGGUUCGGCGAGUUUCCUUCACCUCGGCGAUAUCGUCAGUCUCUACGCCGAGGGAAGUGUUUCAGGUUUUCUUUCCACAUUGGGAUUAGUAGACGACAGAUGCGUGGUAUGUCCCGAAGCCGGAGAUUUGACGAAUCCACCGAAAAAAUUCAGAGACUGCCUUUUCAAAAUAUGUCCUAUGAAUCGUUAUUCCGCUCAAAAACAAUUUUGGAAAGCGGCAAAACAAAGUGGCAGCUCGGGUACAGACGCUGGAUUAUUAAAAAGACUUCAUCAUGCAGCAGAAAUCGAAAAAAAGCAAAAUGAUACCGAGAAUAAGAAAUUAUUGGGUUCCGUUGUUUCCUAUGGCAACGUAGUUCAGCUGUUACAUUUGAAGUCGAAUAAAUUUUUGACUGUCAACAAGAGAUUGCCUGCGUUACUUGAGAAAAAUGCUAUGAGGGUUUAUCUGGAUGCGAAUGGAAAUGAGGGUUCUUGGCUUUAUAUAAUGCCAUUUUAUAAAUUGCGAAGCGACGGUGACAGCGUGGUAGUUGGUGACAAGGUAAUACUGGAACCAGUUAAUGCAGGCAGACAAGGACUUCACGUAGCAGCCAAUUACGAAUUAAGCGAUAAUCCUGGAUGUAAAGAAGUGAAUGUUGUUAAUUCGUCAACGUCUUGGAAAGUGACUUUGUUCAUGGAACACAGGGAGAAUCAAGAAGAGAUACUCAAGGGUGGAGACGUCGUCAGAUUAUUUCAUGCUGAGCAAGAAAAAUUUUUAACUAUGGACGAAUACAAAAAGAAACAACACGUUUUUUUAAGGACUACUGGUAGAACGAGUGCAACCGCAGCUACUAGUAGUAAAGCGUUAUGGGAAGUUGAGGUCGUACAACACGAUCCUUGUAGGGGUGGUGCAGGACACUGGAAUUCUUUAUUCAGAUUUAAACAUUUAGCUACGGGUCAAUAUCUUGCUGCUGAGGUUGACUCGGACGAACUUUAUGAAACUAGUAAUGGCAAUAAGCCUGAUCCUGUUGGUAAAAUUUAUAGACUGGUCUCAGUACCGCACAGCAACGAGAUUAGUUCUUUAUUCGAAUUAGAUCCAACAACAUUAACGAGGGGUGAUAGUUUAGUACCUCAAUCUUCCUUCGUUAGGUUACACCAUAUAUGUACAAAUACGUGGGUUCAUUCUACUAGCGUACCGAUCGACAAGGAUGACGAAAAACCCGUCAUGUCAAAGGUUGGUUGUGCGUUGAACAAAGAAGAUAAAGAAGCUUUCGCACUGAGAUCCGUAUCGCCAGUAGAGGUACGAGAUUUAGAUUUUGCAAACGAUGCCUGCAAAGUUUUGGCAUCUAUCAACUGUAAAUUGGAGAAGGGUACUAUUUCCCAUAAUGAGAGGAGAGCUGUAACUAGUUUAUUGCAAGACAUUGUUUACUUUAUUGCGGGAUUAGAAAAUGAACAAAAUAAAUCCGAGGCGUUGGAAUUAAUUGUAACUAAUGCGGUCAGGGAUCGACAAAAGUUACUACGGGAACAAUAUAUUUUGGGUCAAUUAUUUAAAAUACUUCAGGCACCGUUUUUAGAGUCGGCCGAGGGUGAGGGACCAUUUCUUAGAAUAGAAGAACUCAACGAUCCAAGACAUGCACCGUACAAAUAUAUGUUUCGAUUAUGUUAUCGUAUACUUAGACUGUCGCAACAAGAUUACAGAAAAAAUCAGGAAUAUAUUGCCAAACAUUUUGCUUUUAUGCAAAAACAAAUUGGAUACGAUAUUUUGGCAGAGGAUACGAUUACAGCACUUUUACACAAUAAUCGUAAAUUAUUAGAGAAACAUAUUACAGCUGCUGAGAUCGAGACUUUCGUAGGUCUUGUAAGAAAAAAUAUGCACACUUGGGAAUCUAGAUUUUUAGAUUAUUUAUCAGAUUUAUGUAUUUCAAAUAAGAAAGCAAUAGCCGUAACUCAGGAAUUGAUAUGUAAAAGUGUAUUAAGUGAAAAAAAUAAGGAUAUUCUUUUAGAGACCAGGAUGAUGAAAGUUAAAACCGAAAUGAAAUUGGUCGAUCAAAAGCAAGAUAAUGACGAAUCUCAAAUAGUCGUUAAAGAAAAAGAUGAAGUUUAUCUUUUCUGGAAUAAUGCAACGAAAUCAAAGUCUUUAUGCGAGUUAUCAAAAAACGCAAAGAUGGACAAUUUAUUGGCACCAGCAAUUUUGGAUUAUUACAGACAUCAAUUAAAUUUAUUUAGCAACAUGUGUCUUAACAGGCAAUAUUUAGCACUUAACAAUUUGUCACCUCACUUGGACAUAGAUCUUAUACUUAAAUGUAUGGAAGAUGAAACCGUACCAUACGAAUUACGAGCUUCGUUCUGCCGACUUAUGUUACAUCUUCACGUGGAUCGUGAUCCUCAAGAACAAGUGACACCGGUCAAAUAUGCACGUCUUUGGUCCGAAAUUCCAUUAAAAAUGAGCAUUAACGAUUACGAUACAAAUAAAAUGCCUGACGAAAAUAAAGAAGCUGUUCGCGUUAAAUUUAGUUCGACUAUAAAAUUUGUGGAAGAUUAUCUUUGCAACGUUGUCUCAAAUACGUGGUCUUUUGCGGAUCAGGAACAAAAUAAGCUUACGUUUGAGGUGGUUAAAUUAGCACGGGAUUUAAUUUAUUUUGGAUUCUAUAGUUUUAACGAUCUGUUGAGAUUAACUAAAAAGCUAUUAAGUAUCUUGGAUUGUGUUUCUGAAAAUGAUUUCAUUAAUGGGAAAAUACCAAUCGGGGAAAUUGAUUCUGAGUCUAUGGAUUCUGAAGAGGCAGCUGAAGGAGGAGUUCUCCGAUGUAUUGGCGGUAUGGGUGAUGUGAUGGCGCGUUUACCUUUAGGACCAGCUGGACAAGUAUUGGCUGGAAGUACAUCUCCAAGGCCAAAGAUUACUUCGAAAAAAGAAUAUCCUUUGGUGAUGGAUACUAAAUUAAAAAUAAUUGAAAUUCUUCAAUUUAUCCUCGACGUUAGAUUGGAUUAUAGAAUUUCUUGUUUGCUAAGCAUUUUCAAACAAGAAUUCGAUGAGACUGAAAAAGCUUCUGGUCAAGACUUGAGUCAACUUUGUCAAAAAACAAUAGAUUUAGAAUCGAUUGGAACGCAAGCCGAAGGAAUCUUUGGAAGCAGCGAGGAAUGUGCUGCAUUGGAUUUGGAUGGUCUUGGUGGUAAAACAUUUUUACGUGUUUUACUUCACCUGGCAAUGCACGAUUAUCCACCUUUAGUUUCUGGAGCAUUGCAUUUAUUAUUCAGACAUUUUAGUCAAAGGCAAGAAGUACUGCAAGCAUUUAAACAGGUUCAACUUUUAGUCUCAGAUAGUGACGUUGAAUCGUAUAAACAAAUUAAAGCAGAUUUAGACGUUUUACGUCAAUCGGUGGAAAAAUCAGAACUUUGGGUUUACAAGUCGAAAGCUACGGAAGAGCACGGAAACAAAAAGAAAAAGAGCAAAGAAGACGAAGAAGAUUCUUCAACCCCUCGUAAAGCACCACCGCAAUUGUCUACGUCGGAUAAAAAAGGAUCAGCGAUUGAUUUAGAUAUUGGUCCACCUUUAAGUUUGGAUCAAACCGAAGAAUAUAAAAAAAUACAACAAAUAUUAAUACGAAUGAACAAGCUGUGCAUCCAAACAAUACCGGGUGGACAAGUAAAACCUCGUAAACACGAGCAAAGACUUUUGCGUAACGUUGGAGUCCAUACUGUUGUCUUAGAUUUAUUGCAAGUUCCUUACGAUGAUAAAGAAGAUGUUAGAAUGAAUGAGCUUAUGCGUUUGGCUCAUGAUUUUCUGCAAAACUUUUGUCUGGGCAAUCAACAAAAUCAGGUUCUAUUACACAAACAAUUGGAUUUAUUUUUAAAUCCUGGCAUUAGAGAAGCUCAAACAGUAUGUAGUAUAUUUCAAGACAAUUCGACGCUUUGCAAUGAAGUUAAUGUAAAGGUGAUUCAACACUUUGUUCAUUGCAUAGAAACACACGGUAAACACGUGCAAUAUUUAAGAUUCCUUCAAACUAUCGUGAAAGCUGAAAACCAGUUUAUCAGAAAAUGUCAAGAAAUGGUGAUGCAAGAGCUCGUUCAAGCCGGAGAAGAUGUUUUAGUAUUUUAUAAUGACAGAGCUUCGUUUAAUCAAUUCGUAGAAAUGAUGCGUUCGGAGAGACACAGAAUGGACGAAAGUAGUCCACUCAAAUAUCACGUUGAAUUGGUUAAAUUAUUAGCUUGUUGUACAAUGGGUAAAAAUGUUAAUACCGAGAUCAAAUGUCAUAGUCUUUUACCCUUGGAUGAUAUUGCUGCAAUGGUAUCGCAUCCAGAUUGUAUACCUGAGGUGAAGGAAGCUUACAUCAAUUUCCUUAACCAUUGUUACAUUGAUACCGAAGUAGAGAUGAAAGAAAUUUAUAAUUCCAAUCAUAUGUGGUCCUUAUUUGAAAAGUCCUUUAUUGUAGACAUGAACUUGAUUGCAACACCUAAAAAUGAUCAACGAGAUACAGAUAAUGCUUUAGAGAAUUAUGUGACGAGUUGUUUAAUGAAUAUCAUCACUACAUUCUUUAGCAGUCCAUUUUCUGAUCAAAGUACAACUGUCCAGUUCUUCGAAAAUGAGAAACAACUGCACGAGGCUAGACUUUAUUGGAGCAUCAAGGAAUGUGACCGGAAUAUUGACAAUAAUGUUGCAAGUUAUACUCGACAGCCAAUAUUUGUUCAACUACUUCAUGCAGCGUUUAAAGUAUCGCAAUGUAUGUGGUUGAAUGCAGGACAAAGAUUCAAUGUAGAAAAUUGUAUAAGAACUUUAUCCGAUGUUGCUAAGGGACGAGGUAUUGCCAUUCCUACUGAUUUGGAAAGUCAAGUUGCUUCUAUGUUUAAUAAAGCGGCGAUGCUUAGUAGGCAAACAAGUAAAUGGCUGCAAGCUUCUAAACAACCGAAAAUAGAGCGUACUCAAAGUCAGAAUGAUAUGGUUUUGAUGGACAGCUCUAAAGAAGAGCUGAUGCGUCUGGAUCGUAGUAUUAUAGAAGGUCUACAAGACAUAGUAUGUUUAUUAGAAGAACAACUUAAACCAUUGGUGCAAUCAGAAUUAUCCUUGUUGGUUGACAUCCUCUAUCGACCGGAGCUUUUAUUUCCACCAAAUACCGAAGCUAGGGAACGAUGUGGAAAUGGUGGAUUUAUUAGAAGAUUGAUUAAGCAUACCGAAAAAUUAUUAGAAGAGAAAGAAGAAAAAUUGUGUAUAAAGGUAUUAAAAACACUUCGAGAAAUGAUGGCGAUUGAUCCUGAAUACGGUGAAAAAAAUGAAGAUGUUUUGGAACAUGCAGAUUCAGAAAAGAAGACCGAAUCUCCUCUCGGAACAGAUUCCAAUGAUCAAUGCGAUCGUCAAAUGACUCAGCAAGAGCGGGGUGAUGCAUUAAGACACAAUCUUCUGACGCGUUACUUCGGUAAGAGUUUCAUUCAAAAGCCUGAGAAUGUUGAAAUUGGAGUAUCCUGUACAAUGGCUGUAACUCACGGACCAGGAGCCAAGUUGCUAAGCCGUGCUGGGAGGACUUUGCACGAAGUUCAAAGUCAUUUAGACAGAGAAGGUGCAUCAGAUUUGGUCGUAGAAUUGGUUAUUAAAAGUGUACACUCUCCUAGUAUAUUUGUAGAAGUUGUAGAACUAGGAAUUGCAUUAUUGGAGGGUGGCAAUCCGAUUAUACAAAAAAGUGUAUUCAAUAAGUUAAUGGGCGGUGAUUUGAGUCAAUCAUUUUUCAAGGUUUUUUAUGAUAAAAUGAAAGAUGCGCAACAGGAAAUAAAAUCAACGGUAACGGUUAAUACAUCAGAUAUAACAGCAAAAACUAAUGAGGAUAAGGAACAAAGUAAAGAAUUAGAAAAGAUAUCAAGAAAACGUGCAGCAGAUUGCAAAUACUACGUACUUUUAGGUAAGCUUAAUGGUAUAGUUUGCACCGAUGAAUUACGAGAUGAAGUAAAUUCAACCGCAGCGACUAAUGUUCAAAUCUACGGGAACACGCGUGCCAUUGUACCUGGUGAAGAUGUAACAAAUAAUGCGGUGGAAGAGAUGAUUGGUGAAAAGUUAGAAAGAGCACGUGCCGAACCUACGUCUGGCGUUGAAAAGGAUGACACACAACUUAGCGUUAAAGUAUUAGUGAUGCAACCAAUUUUACGAUUUUUACAAUUAUUAUGUGAAAAUCAUAAUCAAAAUCUUCAGAAUUUUCUUCGGAAUCAAAAUAACAAGACGAAUUUUAAUUUGGUAUCCGAGACACUUAUGUUUCUCGAUUGUAUUUGUGGCUCGACGACUGGCGGAUUGGGUUUACUUGGAUUAUAUAUUAAUGAAAAUAAUGUUGCAUUAAUUAAUCAAACUUUGGAGACUUUAACGGAAUAUUGUCAAGGACCUUGUCAUGACAAUCAAAAUUGCAUUGCCAUUCACGAAUCUAAUGGUCUAGAUAUUAUAACGGCUUUGAUAUUGAAUGAUAUUAAUCCAUUGGGUAAAACUAGGAUGGAUUUGGUAUUGGAAUUGAAAAAUAAUGCCAGUAAAUUGUUAUUAGCUAUUAUGGAAAGUAGGGGUGACAGCGAGAAUGCUGAAAGAAUAUUAUACAACAUGAAUCCAAAGCAAUUGGUGGACGUGGCAUGUAGAGCAUUUCAUCAAGAAUCAUUGGACGGUUCUACUAAUGUUGAUGAUUCCUCAACUAACGGGGAGGAUGGAGUGUCUCCUAAAGAAGUGGGUCAUAAUAUUUAUAUCUUAUGCCAUCAAUUGGCUCAACAUAAUAAAGAAUUAGCAACUAUGUUGAGGCCGUCAGAAGACAACGCAGAUUCGGAAAUAAAUAAAGCAUUGCAAUAUUAUGCAUCUCAUACAUCUCAAAUUGAGAUUGUCAGACACGAUAGAACAUUGGAACAAAUAGUUUUUCCGAUACCAGAAAUAUGCGAACUUAUUACCGUUGAUACGAAAAUUAGAGUGUUAAAUACUACAGAACGUGACGAUCAAGGUUCUAAAGUAUCAGAUUUCUUUGAAAGAACGGAAGAUAUGUUUAAUGAAAUGAAAUGGCAGAAGAAACUUAGAGGACAGCCAGUAUUAUUUUGGAUGAGCAGUUACAUGUCAUUAUGGAGUAAUAUUUUAUUUAACUGUGCUGUCCUUAUAAACCUUAUUGUGGCUUUCUUCUAUCCAUUUGUAGAUUCUGUACCAAAACUUUGUUCACAUUUGUCAGCUCUUAUUUGGGCUGUGAUGUUUGCAUCAGCAGUUAUUGUCAUUACAUUGCCACGAGAAUCGGGUAUACGUACAUUAGUUGCGUCAACAAUUUUACGAUUAAUAUUUUCUAUAGGACCAGAACCAACUUUGUGGUUACUUGGAUUUGUUACGAUCGUUCUAAAGGUUAUUCAUCUCAUAAGUAUUAUAGGAAAUCAGGGGACCUUAACUAAAAGUAUAGAACAAAUAAUGACAAAUGGUGAAAUAUUGUAUCACGCGUCAUACUUAAUAUUUUGUGUACUAGGACUUUUGAUGCAUCCAUUUUUCUAUUCGGUUUUACUCUUUGAUGUGGUUUAUCGAGAAGAAACAUUGCUCAAUGUAAUAAGAUCUGUUACCAGAAAUGGACGAUCUAUUAUACUGACUGCUGUGUUGGCUUUGAUUUUAGUUUAUAUGUUUUCUAUCAUCGGAUUUAUGUUCUUCAAAGAUGAUUUUCUGGUCAGCGUUGACGAAGAUAUUGUUCCCACAUUAGAUGAUAAAACUGCAGAUACUUGUAAAGUUAGUGAUAACGAAAAAUGUGAAUCAAGUGAAACUAUGUCACGAUAUUUACGCGAAGUUAAUGAACAAGGAAAUAAUCAAGAUUUGUUUAAUGUUGGGGGUGAAGUAAAAGAACGGGCUUGCGAUUCAUUAGUUAUGUGCAUCGUUACAACGUUAAAUCAAGGUUUAAGAAAUGGCGGAGGUAUAGGUGAUGUUUUAAGAGCUCCAUCGAGCACGGAACCAUUGUUUGUUGCCAGAGUCGUAUAUGAUUUACUAUUCUUCUUCAUAGUGAUAAUUAUUGUUUUGAAUCUCAUUUUUGGUGUCAUCAUCGAUACGUUUGCUGAUCUUAGAUCAGAAAAACAGCAAAAAGAAUUAAUUUUAAAGAAUACUUGUUUCAUUUGCGGUUUAAAUAGGUCAGCUUUCGAUAAUAAGACUGUAUCUUUUGAGGAACACGUUAAACACGAACACAAUAUGUGGCAUUACCUUUAUUUCAUCGUUUUAGUAAAGGUAAAAGAUCCGACAGAAUUUACAGGUCCAGAAUCGUAUGUUUAUGCAAUGGUGAAGGACAGAAACCUUGAAUGGUUUCCACGAUUAAGAGCUAAAUCAUUGGCGGCAGACGAGGGCGAGGGUGAACAAGUUGAGUUGAGAAGUUUGCAAUCACAAUUAGAAUCCACUCAAUUAUUGGUGAAGUGUCUUUCACAGCAACUUACAGAAUUACGUGAUCAGAUGACGGAACAGAGAAAGCAAAAACAACGUUUGGGUUUGUUAAAUUCUGCAUCUCCACUUUUACAUAAUCUAUAAACGAGCGGAUAACGGUACGGAUGUAA